AUAAAAUGUUGUCUACUAUUUUGGAAGGUUCACUAUUUCACUUUUCCUAACGUCUCCUGCCAACCUUUCGCUCCCAUUCAAAUGAAGGACUAGAGGAAGAAAAAGGUUACUUGACCAAGGGUGCAACUUUAUCAAGAGAGAAUUGCAUGUUUGAGUAAUAAAAUAAAAGGGAAGAGCAAUUAGGCUGGAAUUUGGAGCGAAAGAUAGCCUUUACGCAGGCUAAGGCAGCUGUAUGAUCCACCUGUCAAGAACAGUACUACUAGUCUUUGUUGCGGGUUUAUUGGAAGAGGCUCACUCAACAGUGAGUAAACACCAGAACACAAGCAUUUAAUUUCUUAUGCACCGCUCAACAAGAAACGCUAACCAGCAACUUUCCUCCCCUUGCCCAACAACUCUUUCCAGCGUCACUCACACAAAUUUUCUCCCUCUUGUCUAUGGGUUCGCCACUCAUGCUUAUAAUAACCACAGAUCUGACAUCCAAUUACAAACUAUCCUCUUCGUGAAGCGCACCGGAGUUCCUAAUGGCGAUCGGUAUUGAGGCACGAGAAAACACCUCAUUUAAGAUAUUAGUGGCCACCUUAUUGGUGGCUGUGACGUCGGCUUACCUGAUUUGGUUCUGGGUGCUGACCCGGAAGCUGACGGGUCCGAAAAUGUGGCCCCUCUUGGGGAGUCUUCCAGGUCUCAUCCACAAUCGCAAGCGAAUGCAUGAUUGGAUAGCGGACAACCUCCGGUCCACAGGUGUCGCCGCCACUUAUCAGACAUGCAUACUCCCCGUCCCGGUGCUGGCCCGCCGCCACGGCCUAGUUACGGUGACGUGCAACCCGAGGAAUUUGGAGCAUGUGCUUCGCACGCGCUUUGAGAACUAUCCCAAGGGCCCCGUUUGGCAGUCUGCCUUCCACGACUUGCUGGGGCAGGGGAUCUUCAACUCUGAUGGUGAAACAUGGCUCAUCCAGCGUAAAACGGCGGCCCUCGAGUUCACCACCCGAACGCUCCGGCAAGCCAUGACCCGUUGGGCCAAUCGCGCCAUCAAGACCCGGCUUUGGUGCAUUUUGGCAGACCACUGUCAGCGCUCGGCGGUGGUUGACCUCCAGGAUCUCUUGCUCCGACUUACCUUCGACAACAUUUGUGGUCUCACCUUCGGCAAGGAUCCUGAGACGCUUUCCCCAGACCUACCGGACAAUCCAUUCGCCUCCGCCUUUGACACCGCCACCGAAGCCACGCUCCAACGAUUUCUGUACCCGAGCUUUAUGUGGCGGCUGAAGAAGGCGCUCGGUCUGGGAGCCGAACAGAACCUCCGGAAAAGCCUCAAGGUGGUGGAACACUACAUAACCGAUGCCAUUGCCGCUCGCAAGGAUCGGCCUUCUGAUGACCUCCUAUCCCGCUUCAUCAAGAAGGGCGACAGCAAUGGCAAAGCCUUCUCGUCUUCCGUACUUCAGUGGAUCGCUCUAAACUUUGUGCUCGCCGGAAGGGACACCUCCUCUGUCGCCCUCAGCUGGUUCUUCUGGAUUGUCAUGCAGCGACCCGACAUCGAGAGGAAGAUAGUCAAAGAGAUAACAUCGGUCCUGCGGGAGACCAGGGGGGAGGAUACACGACGGUGGGUUGAGGAGCCAUUGGUGUUUGAAGAGUUGGAGCAGCUGGUCUAUCUCAAAGCAGCGUUAGCUGAGACGCUGCGUCUUUAUCCAUCGGUUCCACAAGACUCCAAGUACGUUGUGGCGGAUGACGUACUACCAGACGGUACGCGAGUGCCAGCGGGGUCCACAAUUACAUAUUCCAUUUACUCGGUCGGCAGGUUGGAGACGAUAUGGGGGAAGGACUGCAUGGAAUUCCGACCAGAAAGAUGGCUAACCCCGGAAGGUGGUAGGUUUGAGCCUGCAAAAGAUGCAUACAAAUUCGUGGCGUUCAAUGCUGGUCCGAGGACGUGCUUGGGCAAGGAUUUAGCUUACCUUCAAAUGAAGGCAAUUGCAUCCUCAGUGUUGUUGCGUCACCGCCUUGAGCUGAUGCCGGGCCAUAGGGUCCAGCAGAAAAUGUCACUCACCCUCUUCAUGAAGAACGGCCUCCGAGUCUAUGUACAAUCAAGGGACCUGCAUGACUUUAUGUAUUGCUCUGGUCCUGAUCUCACUACCCUUCUUCCCAUGCCUACCGCUGCUGCAGCGUGAGUCGGACCUCGCAGCUUCGUUGACGUAUCCUUUUCUGUCAGAGUUUGUUUGUAUUUGAGAGUACCAAUCCAAUCCUGCUUCCAAGCCUCAAAGUCGUCCUCGAUAUUAAUUUGUCAGGUCUUUAGCAAUCGUUGAGAUAAGAAUUAAACCAAUAAUUUCCAACUUGGAAAGAAACCAUAUUGACAACCACAUAAAUUUGUUAUUCUUAGAUGUAACGAGUUCUUCCUCGUUAUGUUAUGCAUAUUUACAUCGAAGCUAUUAUGUUACAAUUGCAAAUCUUCAAUUACAUUAAAAGCAUGACUUGAAGUUCUAUCAUUUAUAAAUGGGCUAUGGACGCAUAGGGAGAAAAGGCUGUCUGAGCGCAACGUGUUCAAAUGUCCGAUUAUUCAUUCUCUCAUCUAUGCAAUUUAGCACUGAAGAAUUCAGGGUUGAUGUCAAUAUUUUACCUAAAUAUCUUGAUCGCCUUCUUCUUGGGCCCAACAUUUGCUAUGUGCAGCUUAAAGUAAUUUGAAUCCUGUGUUUGAAUUGAAUAAAUUUGCUUGGUAAUCCAGUCCAUCCCCACUUUAAUCAAACUUCGAACCAUGACAGUUACAAGUCGAGAUC